AAAUGGACAAGCAUCAGAAGAUUGGCUAAGUGGCUUCCUAAAACGCAAUCAGAGUUUAUCAAUAAGAAAACCGGAAGCAACGAGUCAAGCACGGGCAGCUGGGUUUAAUAAGCCUGUUGUGGACAAUUUUUAUGACAAGUAUGAGAGCUUAGUUGUAAAACACAAAUUCAAAGCCUAUCAAGUGUUUAAUUGCGACGAGACCAACAACCCAACUGUAAUGCAACCACCAAACGUGAUAGCAGCAAAAGGAACUAAACAAGUUCAGCAAACCGUAUCUGCUGAAAGAGGCACAAAUGUUACCAUGCUGGCAUUUGUAAAUGCGGCUGGUGGUUCUGUGCCCCCAGUAUUCAUCUUCCCAAGAAAAAAAUUACUGCCAGUAAUGUUUGAAAAAGGGCCUUCUGGAUGCAUAGGACUUGCCCAUGAAUCCGGCAAUCCUGUAUUGCUUUUGUUAGAUAAUCACUCGAGUCACCUUGACUAUCAGGCAGUCUCCUUCGCGAAAGACAAUGGAAUAAUUUUGCUGACAUUCCCUCCCCACUGCUCUCAUGCUUUGCAGCCCUUGGAUGUCAACGGAUUUCUAUUAAGGAAAUUGCAGAACUGUCGAAUGGGCCAUACCAAGAAGCUAUUACUCCAAAAAAUAUCAUUGCUGGAUUCCAAUCAACAGGAAUUUUUCCUUUUAAUCGGUUCAUGAUAAACCCUUCCAGGUUUGCUCCCUCAUUUGUGACCGACAGACCAUGUAAGC